AUUUCGAACUCCAGCUUUUUUUUUUUUUAAAUGAAUCGAACUCAACGAGUCAAAGAGCGGCGCGGUUCGAUUAUAGUCCAGUUUAUUCGCUUUUAUUUGCUUCCCAACUCUGAGUCAAAUCUCGGUUCAGUAUACAGACUGCAGAGCAAAAGGUAAACGUAGCUGAAAAACAAACCAACUCAAUGGAGGGGAAGCAAGAAAGGCAUAAAACCAAGUCAAUCCGUUGCAUCGUAAAACUGGGAGGUGCGGCAAUUACUUGCAAAAAUGAACUCGAGAAGAUAAAUAAAGAAAGCCUUGACAUAGUCUCAUCUCAGCUGAGGCAAGCAAUGAUUUCGGGGCGGUCUACUCCAACGAAGGGUCCUGGGAUGGAUUGGAGCAAGAGACAUGGGGAAUCAGAGGUGUUUUGUACCGAAGAUGAUUUUGGAGAGGAUGCAUUUGCAGAUUCUAGUCGUUUUGUUGUUGUUCAUGGAGCAGGUUCUUUUGGGCACUUUCAGGCUAGUAAAUCUGGGGUUCAUAAAGGAGGAUUGGGCCAACCUCUUGUCAAGGCUGGUUUUGUUGCUACACGGAUUUCUGUUACGAGUCUCAAUCUUGAAAUUGUUAGAGCACUGGCCAGAGAGGGUAUUCCAUCGGUUGGAAUGUCUCCAUUUACGUGUGGAUGGUCAACCUCUGAGAGAAAUAUAGCCGCAGCUGAUUUGUCCAUGGUGGCUAAGGCUAUUGACUCUGGUUUUAUACCUGUUCUGCAUGGAGAUGCUGUGCUUGAUGAAUUACAGGGCUGCAGCAUAUUGAGUGGAGAUGUUAUCAUACGCCAUCUUGCUGCACAGUUAAAGCCUGAAUAUGUUGUUUUUCUUACAGAUGUUUUAGGGGUAUAUGAUCGUCCACCAGUGGAACCUACUGCAGUACUCUUACAGGAGAUUGCUGUGCGUGAAGAUGGGAGCUGGGAUGUUGUUAAACCAGUGCUUCAGAACAUGACCAAAGUUGAAACUACCGUCGCAGCUCAUGAUACCACUGGGGGCAUGAUGACUAAAAUAACAGAAGCUGCAAUGAUCGCAAGACUUGGAAUUGAUGUUUACAUCGUGAAAGCAGCCACAAGUUACUCAUUAAGGGCUUUAAAUGGGGAACUGAGAGGCAACAUUCCUGAUGAUUGGUAUGGGACAGUCAUCCGGUUUGUGAGCUAACUGUAAAAUGUUGUUGUGAUCUGUAAAGACCCGCCAUUCUACCAAUGCAAUGUCUAAUGAGGUAUGCACAAACUUGAUUGCUUUUGAGAUUGUUUGACGGAAGUGCUCAUGUAUCUUCCCAGAACUGCUCACAAAUUGAUAUUUUUGCCGUCUUGUAACUUAUAACUCUUUCAUUUUCAAUAUGACUUUCAGUACACUCAUUCCAGCAGAAAAACUAAGCAUUCUUGUGGUGUUUGAUCAUUA